AUGUCGUAUCCGCAAGAAACAUUCCUUCGCACCUCGCUGGCGCCGGGCUCAUUGAUCGCUCGAAGACGUGAAGUUGUAUCGUCAAACACGCUGCUGUAUCAGCUGGAUGUGUUGAAGAAAACAGGCAGAUAUGAUGCCUUUAAGCUGAAGUGGCAUCCGUCAUACUCAGACACCCCGGACGUCUGGCCUGUUCCGAAUCAUCUGUUCUGGGACUCAGAUGUUGCAAAAUGGAUCGAAGGGGCAUGCUAUUUCUUGCGCGAAAAACACAACUGUCACAUCCAUGGGGCCAUUCAGGAACUGGUAGAGAUGAUCCGAUCGGCACAGCAUCCGGACGGCUACCUUAACAUCCACUAUACAGUGGUUGAGCCCGGGAAGCGGUUUACCAACCUUCAAGAUUUCCAUGAGUUGUACAAUGCUGGUCACCUGAUUGAAGCAGCUCUUGCGCACCAUCACCUGUAUGGAAACAAUGACCUGCUUGAGCCGAUACUGAAAUAUGUCGAUCUUUUGUGCCGAACGUUUGGACCAGGCGAAGACCAGAUACAUGGGUACCCCGGUCACCCGGAGAUCGAACUGGCUCUGCUACGUCUCUACAACCGGACCCAGAAUCGCAAGCACUUGGAGCUGGCACAGUAUUUCAUCACAGAAAGGGGAAAUCCAACUGGUGUCAAUGGCAGGCACUACUACGUUGUCGAGGCGGAGCGACGAGGUGAUGACCCCCAUGCCAGGCCAAAAUACUGGCCAGAAAUGGACUGUCUUUGGUACUACCAGGCCCACAAACCCCUCGUUGAACAACAAACUAUCAAGGGCCAUUCUGUGCGUGCGGUGUAUCUUCUCACAGCGGCCGCCGACCUGGUCAGAUCUGGAAGUUCGAGCGUCCCCAACGCACAACUGAAGGACGCUGUCUACCGGCUCUGGGAUAACAUGGUCGAUCGGAAGAUGUACGCCACGGGAGGCAUUGGCGCAAUCAAACAGUGGGAAGGGUUUGGGUUGGAUUACUUCCUUCCUCAAGGCACAGACGAAGGUGGCUGUUACGCAGAAACUUGCGCAGCCAUUGGUGUGAUGAUGCUCGCGGAGAGGAUAUUGCAGUACGACUUGGACCGCCGCUUCAGCGAUGUCAUGGAACUGUGUCUCUAUAAUGCCGUCUUGACGUCGAUGUCCCAUGACGGCACCAAGUUCACCUACGUCAACCAAUUGGCCUCCAGUGAUCAAGAUUUGUCAAAACGCGAAGAAUGGUUCACCUGCUCGUGCUGUCCUCCCAAUGUGCUGAGGCUCCUUGGCCAGAUUGGCGGCUACAUUUACUCCCAGAACACGACAAUCACGACAACAAGAACAACCCAAGUCUCCGUGCACCUUUACGUCUCAAGCACUCAUGAGAUUGAAAUUCUGGAUGAUCAGCGUGCUCUACUAUCUCAGAAGACCAAUUGGCCUUGGGGCGGGCAGGUGGACUUUGAGUUACGACAGCCAGACAAUGCUCAGAUCAGCCUUGCAUUGCGAAUACCUGCGUGGGCGGGGGAUUCUUGGAAAUUGGAUCCUCCUCCUCCGCCCACCGCUACCCUGGAGAAAGGGUAUCUCGUCCUCCCAUCCUCAUGGGUUUCAUCUCACACAGCUUUCUCACUGCACAUCCCAAUCAUCCCGCGGCUCAUCUCGCCACAUCCCUACACCAACCAGGACACCCUGACCGUGGCCCGCGGUCCGAUUGUGUACUGUGUCGAAGAUAUCGACAACCCAUGGGUGCGGGACCACUUCAAGUCAGUAAUUCUCGACGCCAGCUGCUGCAGCACUAUGGAGGAACGUGCCAUCUCGGAUCCCGACACGAACGACGACUAUGUCGCUUUGGUUGUCAAGAAUGGUGCGGCGGCCGUCUUUGAUCCAGCUGCCGUCAAGACUUCGCCAACGGUCACGGUACAAGAGCUGGAUAGGAUCGUGUACGGCAUUGGCGAUAAGGGUCUUGACGGCGUUAACGGUGUUGACGGUGGCAGAAACGGUGAAGACCAUGAUGGACAAGCCAUCACGCGCCGUGGUCCACAGGCCAAUGGUGCUGCUUUUUCAACAGUCCAACUCAUCGACGAGUUGACGUUUGUGCCGUAUUACUUUAGGGCGAAUAGAGGCGGGAGAGGGCAGAUGAGGGUAGGACUCAGGCGAUGGCAUCGUUAG